AUGUCUAAAUAGUAAAAUCUUCUUUAUAAUUUCAAUGAAAUGACUUCAGAUCAAUAAAAAAUGUUUUUGAGAGCUAGAACAGAGUUAGAAAAAGAAAAGGCUUGGGCUGAAAUUAGAAAAUAAAAAGAAGAAGAAGAAUAUAAAAGAUCAAUUCUUUUAUAAAGUUCCUAAACAUAAAAUCCAUAGACUUAAAAAGUCAAUCUAGAAAAGAUUUCUAGUGAUUCAGAAUCCUCUGACUCUUUACAAUCUGAAAAUGAAUUUCAAAAAGAAGAGCCACAAUUUGAGUAAAAAAUAGACGAGAAACCCAUCAUGGCAGAACCCAAUACUGAAUAAUUGGAUAAUUAUUUUAAAUUAAUCCAAAAUGCAUAACUCAAAAGAGAUCAAAUUUAUUAUCUUUUGAUGAAACAUUAUUGUGAUAAUGUCAUUGAAGGAUCUUUUGUUAAAAUUAAUGAACCCAAUCUCAUCAGAAGAAAAGAAUAAAGUUAUGCAAUUGCUUAAGUUUUGGCUGUUGUUGAAGGAGAGAAAUCUUAUCAAUUAGAAUAGACUCAAACAUAUAAAUUGCUUAAAUUAUAAUUUGGAGAGGUAAAGGAAGCUAAAUUAAGACAUAUUACUCUUAUUUCUAAUCAAUAAAUUUAAAAAUAAGAAUUUGUAGUAUGGUAAAAAAGAUGUGAAGAAAAUGGAAUUCAAAUACCAAAUAAGGAAUUUCUAUAAAAAAAAGAAAGGUAAAAUAUCCUUAAUUAAUUUUAAUUAGAGAUAUUAUUAAAUCAACUUCCAAAUUAACAGAUGAUCAAAUUAAAGAAAGAAUUAAUUAUAAUCUAACUAAAUGGAUAUAAAAUCCUAAAUCCAAUAUUCAUUUUAGAGAUUUGCCAGUUUACUAAAAUUUUAUCAAAAAUCUUAUUUCUACAAACAAAUCCAUGAUUGAAUAAGGAGAGGAAUUCAUAGCUGAUAUAUAAGAUCCUGGAGAAGGUGAAACUGAAAAAAAAUAAUUAAAAUAAGAAGAAACUAGUAAAAUCUUGAGAUACUAAAGAUAAAAUAGAGAAAAGGCUGAAGAGAAUAUGCAUUUGAAUGAAGAACUUAAAAAAAUAGAAUAACUCCUCAAAUAAUUUAAAGAGACUUAAAGUCAAAGAGUCGAACCAUCAAAAAAAUAACCUUAAUAAAUAGAAUAAUAAUAAGUGAUAAAAUAAAACCAAUAAAAUGCUAAAUUUUCUAUUAAUCAUGAUCAUUAGAAAUAAUUAGAUUAAAAAUAUAUUAGGCAGUAUCCAAACAUAAAAACAAUAGAGGGGAGUGAAUAAUUUAAAGCCAAAAUCCUUAAUAUGCAUAAUAGGGAACUUCCAAUUGAUAAUAUAAUAGAUAAAAUGAUGAUUCUGGAAUGA